CACGACUGUGAGGAGUCUGAUGGGGUUGGACUUGGACUUUUCCACCCUUCUUUUCCUUCCCUUUCCUCUCCCCUUUGCUUUGCUAGCUAGCAGCAAUGGCGCGUCGCGACAGAUAACCCCACCGAUACCGAUGGACGCGGCCCUCGCCUCCCGCCGCCACCGCCUCCUCCUUGCCGCCGCUGCCGCCGCUGCCGGCGGCUACGGCCUCUACCGCCUCUACCGCCACCAUCGCCGCCGCGUUGCUGCCGUCCUCUCCCUCGCCGACGCCGUCUCCCAGGUCGGUUCCGACCUCGCCGAUUUCCUCCGCUCUGAUUCCGAUCACGUCCCCCGAACCCUCCUCCAGCUCUCCAAGCUCGCCGCCUCCGACCCCAUCUCCUCCGCUGCCUCCUCCCUUUCCCACUCCCUCGCCUCCGGCCUCCUCCGCGCCCUCUCCGACUCCACCUCCACCUCGACCACGACCACACCCGCACAAAUCGGCCUCACCGAUCGGAUCUUGGACCGCCUGCUCUCCCCCGCCGGCACCGGCUUCGCCUCCGCCGUCGUCGGCAGCUUCGCCAGGAACCUCGUCUUGUCCUACCACGCCGCCGCCGCCCCUCGGCCCCCCAGCGCCCACCCGCUCCCGGAUUGGCUCUGCAGCGACAGGGGCAAGGACGCCGCGGCCGACCUUGUCCGGGUCUUCGUUAGCACCGCCGUCGCGGCCUACCUCGACCGGACCGCCUCCGUGCCGCGUACCUCUCACCAGCUGCUCGCGGCAUUCACCGACCCCAAGCACGAGGCCAAGCUCAAGGACCUGCUCGUCUCCGUCUGCAAUGGCGCCGUGGAGACCUUGGUGAGGACAAGGAGGCAGGUUGCGGUUGCUCCACCUCCAACUCCAAUUGUGGUGGUCAGUGAGGCGCAGAGUCCUCAUGGAUGCGUCAUGGACACGGUGUCCAGCACUCUUGCCGUGCCCAGCAACCGCAGGUUUGUGCUGGAUAUCACUGGCAGAGUCACCGCCGAGACCGUCCGCUCCUUGCUCGAUUUCCUGGCGCAGCGGGUCUCCGAUGGAGCCAGGAAGAGCAUUGCCACCGCCCGCAACGAGGGGUUCCUCGCCAUCAAGCACAUCACCUCCAAGUCCAUGGCCAUCUUCACCAUAUGCUUCGCCUUGUGCAUGCACAUUUCCAUGGGAACAAGGUUCCUCUUGCCGCCAUAGCUCACUGCUAUUGGAAUUCCAGGUGACAGCUUGUCCCCCAUCUUCAUUAGUUGCACACUAAAUUAUUACUACUAUAUCUGUAGAUUGCAAAUUGAUCCUAUACCACUAGUAGUUAUUAUUACAAGCUUGGCGCCUCAUUGUCAUAUUACCAUGUCUUUGGGGUGUUGGCUGAAAGCAUCAAGGUUCCAUCAACAACUAGACUGGAAUUUUCAGAUGGUGGUUGUUUUGUUUGUGGCUUGAUUGAUUGACACGAGGUAUAUGAUGGCUAAAUUAAAUCAUACUGGCCGAAUUGGCAAUUUUAGUGUAUGAUAAUUUUGAUACGGGUAGUGAUUGAUGCUGUUUUAUGCUUGCCAAUUUUAGUGUAAAGUGGCCUAGUUUUUGUCAAUAGCUUCUUGUUGCUGAUGCUCUUCAGCUGUCUUUCCAUGCAUGUAAUCCAUAGAGCUUGUCUGCUUUUUUUUUGUUUGGUAUUCACUCUUUCUUCUGACUUGUAACAAAGGGAACGGGAAGUUGUGAGAUAAAAAUAAAAUGCCUUGUUUUGUGAAUGUAGUGGCAUUUCUAUA